AGAACUCAUGAACGACGGAGUUCGUGGAGUGGAUGCCCGUUAAGCGUUAUCAUGACGCGCAGUUCGAAGCACGUCGUGUUGAAAGCUGAAAGUAAGCUUCUGGAAGUUAAGAGCAAGCUCGAUGCAGAAUUCCGACGGUUUUCCGUCGAUAGAGAGGGAGUUCCGAAAUUCGAAGACUUCCGUAAAGUCGUCGAAACCUUGCAUUCAUUGGGAGACUUGCCGUUCACUUUGAGCUACUCCGAUCCAAAAGAUGGGGAUCUUCUCCCGAUCAACAACGAUGAUAACUAUGCGAGAGCUAUUCAGAAUGCAAAGCCAAUUUUGCGCCUGAUUGUCCAACGGAAAGGUGAUAGUCUCGAAGAAUUGAACGGCUAUUCGGGAGCACUAAACCGUUCUGGCACGAAGAGUUUGCUUUCCCAGUUUUUGAGCGGAACACCGUCCAGCAGUUCCAAAAAACCGCACAUUUCAUACCCUGAAGAUUUCCGUCAGGUGUCCCAAAUCAUUGAUGUGGACAUUGUUCCGGAUACUUGCCGUCGGGUUCGUCUUCUGAAGCAUGGGUCCGACAAACCGCUCGGAUUUUAUAUUCGGGAUGGUUCCAGCGUUCGUAUAACAUCUCAAGGAUACCAAAAGGUGCCAGGCAUAUUCAUUUCUCGGCUAGUUCCAGGAGGAUUAGCUGAAAGUACCGGUUUGUUAGCAGUUAAUGAUGAGGUACUUGAAGUCAAUGGCAUUGAGGUCGCCGGAAAAAGUUUGGAUCAGGUGACGGAUAUGAUGGUGGCUAAUAGCAGCAACUUGAUAAUCACAGUACGUCCAGCAAACCAAAGCAGUUUACCGCGAUCGGCCCACAAUCGGGGCUCGUUUUCGCGUGCAUCCCAGCUCAGCUCCGGAUCGAUGGCAUCCGCGCAAUCAGUGACUCCUUCCGACGAAGAUCACUUCGACCAGGACGAAAUCCGGGAUUUGACUGGAGUGGUGCUUGAAGAAUCAACCGGCUUCCACGAGACCGUUAAUCCCAGCGAACACGUUGACUAACCCCAGGGGAGGUAUUAUUUUUAGACCGUGCUGGGUAAUUUUCUUCGCACAUCCCACCCAAGUUUUUCAAUUUUUUUUCUUCUCCACUCUUCCUUCCGGAACUAUGCUAGUUCUGGGGAAGUGACGACUGAGUUGACAGCUAACCAACCAUUCGACAGAGCAUAAGAAUUUCUAAAAAUCUUAUCUGCGUUAAAACGCUUGGCAAAAAAAAACCCUUGAAAAUAAGUUAUUUCCGAACACCAAAAUGUAUGUAAGCCCUUGGCGACAUGAUCAAAACUCGCUUCGGAUUGAAUGAUUUAUGAAAUAAAAUUCAACGCACACCGCAUGAGCUGAGAUUAUUUUUGCAGGUGUUUUUGUCAUCUGCAGUCUUUCGAAAGUACUGAACUCCAUUAUAAACAGGACUUGGUUUAGAUUUGCAUAAUAGUAGGUGGUCUUGUAUGAAUAAUAUGUAACCUACCCCUGUCUUAUUUUUCUGGAAAAAGAGUGAACAGUAUACUUUUUUAUACUUACCAUUAUUGAAAAGCACAAGGGUUUCAAGGAACAUUUUCGUUAGACGAAAGAUUCAUUGCUUCGUUUGACGCGCAAUUUUAGCUUGUGAAUUCAAAUUGUUGAAUAAUUCUCAUGAAAAUGAGUUGGAUUGAAUUUAAUUAGCGGAUUUUAUGUGGCUUUGUAAAUUAAUUUUGUCGUGCUGAGUUGUUAAACUUGUUCGUUUGUCAUUGCGGGAGUUAAUUUCGUCGAGAGCAGAUUUCCUCGGGAGUGCAGUGCAUUAUACUUUUUUAUAGCGAAAAAUGCAAGUACAGUAUAGGACAGUGUAUAGUACAUAGCUUAUGUGUUGAGGAUCCGGAAAAGCUGUGGUGGGAUUUGUGAGAAAAAAUACUCGGUACGUCGUCCGCCCACUUGAAAGAAAAGAAAAUUUCGUGCUGAAUUUUCUUUUUCCCCACUUUGAAGUCGGGUGGUUCCUUCGGUUUUCACAUCGUGAUACGCUGCCCUCUGCUCUGGUUUUUUCGCGAAAGCUGUUAGUAUUGUAAUUGCUAUUUUUGUAUUAAUUGCCGCGCGGUAGUUCGCACUGACGCUUUUAGGAAUGAAUGACGGAUUUUCACCCUCCCCCCUUGCGCUCAAUUGUCAAAUUUUUGCCUUGGGUGCUUUUUUUUUCUUGCAAUUUGUGAAGGACAGACAGGAAUACUCGCGAAAUGUGGAAAAGAGGUGUUUCUUUGGUUGUGGUGAAGGCUGCAAAAAAAGAUCGAGGUUCCGAGAGACUCCGUCCAGACUUGAGCUGCUGACGACUGGCGUCAGAGUGAGAUUUCUUUCAGACUUUCGGUGCAUGUGAUCUCAAUGUUUGAGAGCCGGCUAAUUUAUUUAAGCUUGGGAAUCCUCUGCGAUCAGCAUUUUUUUUUUCGAAUAAGAAUCGCUUCCCGAGUGGCUUUUUUUAAUGGGGAUUUACGACGGAUUAGAAUCGCUUCGUUGAUUUUUUUUUGUGAGGGGGUCAGAACGUUUUUUGCGGGGACUCGUUCGUGAUUCAUCGCUUCACGUGAGCAAUAUUUUUUUACGUGUCGUAAGAUGGCGAUAAAUUCAAUUCAUCAAACGGAGAGAUUUUUUUCAGAUGGAAAUCAUGAGUGAGUGCGAUGGGUUACAAACGGGUUCACGCGAACGUUUACCGUCCUGGAAGGGGAAAAAAGCAAUCGUAGCUGACUUUCGAGUGAUUUUGAGGAGGUUCACAAGCUUGCCUGGUUGUUCUCGUUAAUCUUCCACUGUCCUGCGGAGUUUUAUGCAUUAUUCAUUCCAGCUUUUUUGGAGAUCCAUGUUGUUUUUUUUUUUUUGUGUGACAUGAUGGAAGGAGACAAAAUAGUAUGAUAUGUUCUGAUCAUUUUGUUUUCUUGAUUUCGAUGCGUAAUACAUUUUGAUUUAGUGAGAUUCUCCUGGUUUCCCUGCGACGCGUUUGAAGUCGUCCAUGUGCGUUGUGGUGAUUGGAGUUCCGAAAAGUACUAGACGAUUGAUUCGCGUCACUUCUUGUUCUCCCACGUUGUUUUGUACGAAAAUGGUGAGACAGUUGACAUUUUGGAAUUUCACGAACUUGAGUUGGAUUGGUUUCCCGGCCACGAGUUCCUCAGGCGUGAAGCUAUAAAUUCGAAAAAUCUCGAAUGGAAUAUUUUAACUGCGCCUGUGGUAAAAUGGAAUAAUUAUUUUUUUGCGAAGGAUGAACCAGGAAGUGAGAGAGCUUUUUUUUUUAGCCGUGAUUUGAUUUGAUGGGGUGAACUUUCUUUUUUCAUUAGUGUGUGAUGCACUUCUGUAAGAAAUGCGCGACAAGAUUCUUGCAGAUAAUUUUUCAGAGAAAACUGCUUUCGUAUUUGGAGAACGAACAACAUUUAGGGGGACUUCUUUGUAUCUGAUUAUAUUUGAAAAACAUGGCGCAAGUUGAAUUUGCAUGCCAAUUUUUUACAGGCGGCCCAAAACUGCAUAAUUUAAAUUAUUAAGAACACUG